CACUCCAAUCAGUUCAUGUCUGUUCAGUUCUGCUCAGAAUCUCUUAAAGGGGCCAGGGUUUUGGUCACGGGGGCCAGCACAGGUAUUGGUGAACAAAUGGCGUACCAUUACGCACGGUUUGGAGCUGAGAUUGUAAUUACAGCAAGAAGGGAAAAAGCCUUACAGCAGGUAGUGGAGAAGUGUCUGAGUCUUGGAGCCCAGAAAGCUCUGUAUAUAGCAGCAGACAUGGGGAGUGAGUCUGACCCUGACAAAGUGGUGGAUUUUGCUCUGGAGAAGCUGGGAGGCUUGGAUUACCUGGUUCUCAACCAUAUUGGUCCAACUCCCUUCAGCAUGUGGGAGGGGGAUGUGGAACACACCAGGUGGCUAAUGAAGGUUAAUUUCUUCAGCUAUGUUCAGAUGUCCUGGAAAACCUUGCCUUACCUUGAACAAAGUAAAGGAUCUCUGGUAAUUGUUUCUUCAGUUUUGGGUAAAAUGCCCAGUCCUUUUACAGCACCAUAUGCUUCAACAAAGUUUGCCCUAAAUGGUUUCUUCGGAUCUCUGUACCAUGAACUGGCUAUGAGGAGGAGCAACGUGUCAGUCUCUAUAUGCACACUGGGGCUUAUCGACACYGAAUCAGCUAUGGAGAAAGUCAGGGGAGUCACUAAAAUCCCAGCCUACCCUGCCACAGACGCAGCGCUGAGCAUCAUCAGAACYGGAGCCACAAGGCAACAGGAACUUUACUAUCCUUGGUUCACUCAGUUUCUGUCGUACAGCAAAGACUGGCUUCCUUCUGUAACYAACUUUGUCAUCCAGAACUCCUACAACUACAGUCCAUGAUGUUUGUGUAUCUGCAGCACACACCAUGGGGAUGCACAUCUUUAAUGGAUAUGGUGCACAGUCUUAGACUUUAUAAUAAAAUGCAUCUAAUGUCGGACCUUUUUACCUGUUUAUUUAUGAUAUGAUGAUAUCAUAUCGGGCAUAUGAUAUAUAUAGGCUUUUCUAACUUUAGUUAUUGUCUGCCAACUAUCCCAUCAAAGCUCCUAUAUUACUGAAGGUUUACCCAUAAGACAACACACGGGGGCAGCAUUUGUUAGAACCAUCUUUGUUUAUUCAUGCUUCACUAUUCUAUUUACUGUGUGCAUGUACCUAGAUGCUUGUAUAAAGUAAGAUUAAAUAAGGUGUAGUCACCCUGUACUCUAAAGAUGAUUAGGAGAUCCAUAUACCAGACAAAGUAUUACAUGUGAGUUAUUAAAUAAGUGAAGUCUCUAAAACUGACACCCGGGAAUGAUGUCCUUGAGCAUACAGACAGUGAAAAAUUGUGCAAUAAACAGAAGUAGUAACAAGAAAUACUGAAUAAAAACACAAAAACAGUAUGUAACUAGAAGUAAUGCAAUAUAUGCACAAUUUACGUAUUUAGAAUUGUAAUGUUUAAACAUAGAGUGCAGUGCAGUGUUCACUUGCUGAAUCAAUAAAGUUGACAUUUUGAAAUGCUAA